UUAGUGCGACAAUGAAUUAUUAUCAAUAGAAAAUGUGUAUUCAAUUCUAUAGGUUAUACUACAUAUUGACUUGCAUAAUGCUGUGUAUUUGUAUACAUAAUGUAACUUUAUUCUCCACUUUUCUAUUUGUCAAAUGAGAUAAUAAAAGUUAAUCCUUAAGGCGGCCAAUUACAUUUAUCAAUGAAAUAUAUAUUUAUCAAUAUUUGUUAAAUUACACUUAUUCUUUAAGUUCAUUUAACAGUUUGGAUUAUGAACAGUUAUUGAGUGAAAAUUACGAAAAUGAGUGGAGGAAUAGCACCAAGUAAAUCAACUGUUUAUUUAUCAAAUUUGCCAUUUUCACUCACGAAUAACGAUAUUCAUCAAUUAUUAGAUUCCUAUGGAAAAAUUGUAAAAGUAACUGUUUUAAAAGAUAAAAUUUCACGACGUAGUAAAGGAGUAGCUUUUGUUCUAUUUCUCAAACAAGAAGAUGCAGUAAAUUGCGCUAAAAGUCUAAACAACACUGAGAUCGGUGGACGCACUAUUAAAAGUUCAAUUGCAGUUGACAACGGCCGUAGUACUGAAUUUAUUCGUCGAAGAGAUUAUCCAGAUAAAUCUCAAUGCUGGGAAUGUGGUGAAGAAGGUCAUUUAUCCUACAAUUGUAGCUAUAACACUUUAGGACCUCGAGAUCCACCUCCAAAAAAACUUAGAAUUAGAAAAAAAAAGGACCAUAGUCAAUCAAGUAAAACAACUUCUAACUACUAUGACAGUGAUAGUGAUGAUGGUGUAAGAAAUGCGCGAGGACUAAAUUUUAAUGAUAGUAACGAUGAUAUUGAGGAUCAAGAUGUCGAAAGUUUAAGUGCUGCUAUUAAGAAUGAACAAGAACGAUACGAAUUGGAAAAAUAUCGAUACAAAGUAGCUACAGGGUCUUAUGAUGAACCUGAAGAAGACACAAAAAAUUACCGACCAAAAAAAAAAUUCAAGAAAAAUGAAUAUUUUAGUGAUGAAGAAGAACUAAGUGGUUAAAAAAUUUAACAAGACCAAAUUUAAAAAUAGUGAAUUAAAUAUUAAUUUUAAUGCGAUAAUUUGUUAUGUUAAACAUUAUCGUAAAUUGUACAUAUUUAUGCACAUCAGUAAAAAAUCUAGACUAUUUAUUUUUUCUAUCAUAAAUGGUAAUAAUCAUAUUAUUUAUAAUAAUAUAUAACAUAAAAUAUUCUAUAAUAAAAGUUAUUGAAAUUCAAUGCUUAGACAAUACGUGCUUAAAAUUUAUACAAU